AUGGCUUCAACGCACGUUAAGCGGACGGAAGAGAACCUCUACUCGAGAUUUAAGAAACCUCAGUCUAAGCGUCCCUCCUCCUCUGUUGAAUCAGACGAGAAGUUUCCGGGAUCUCGACAUUUGUCAGUUUCUGAUGCUGGAUUGAAAGAGGAACCAGCGAGCAGAAGGAAGAGCAAGGAGACCAAGGAGAUUAAGGAUACUUCAGGGGGUGAGACGGAGGAGCAAGAUGCGAGCGACAUUGCGGACGAUUUCGUCGCUUUGUCCGCGCGGAGGACGACACCUCGCGGACGAGGGAAAACUCUUGAGAAGGGCAAGCUUGCGACACCUGAUCAGGAGAAUGGCGGACAAGAUGCGAGCGGUCAACAAGGAAGUCAAGGAGAUGGAACGGAGAAUGAAGAUGACAAAUUGACGGGAUUGGCAGCAGAUGUCGCGGCUUCGGAAGGUGUUUCAGCUGCAGACGAGGAAUCUGAUGCUGUCAAGGAUUUUCCUGAAGCAAGCGAAGAGGAAGUAGCCAGGGCCAAACCUGUGGUCCUUGCAUCCCCGCCUCCCCAACCUAAGCCCCCGCCAAAGAAGCCUCCACGGCCUCCUCCAAAUCCGAAUGAUUAUCUCCUCAAAUUUAAGCCCAUCACGCCCACUCCUCCCAAGACCUGGCCUGACAACAUCAUUCUAACUCUAGCCACAGGGGAAGCCUCCAAAAACCUGACAGUGCUGCUCCAGUCGUUUCAACGGUUUGUGGAGCAUGGGGGGCGGGCAUGGCUGAUUCUGUUCUUUGAUCGCGUGCCUCUAUGGUGGUGGCCAAUGACUGCUGAGCAGAGAAGAGGAAUUUAUAUGCAACAGUAUGAAGCACCCCGAGCAGGAAAUUGGAGUCAUGCCCCUGCCACCAACAUCCGGUAUCUGGUGUUCAAGAAGUUCCUGCAUGAAUUUGGAUCUUCAUUUGAAGGGAAUGUGGCUCUUUCCGAUGCUCAUGAUAUUCUCUUCCUUCGCGACCCAUUUCCUGCCAAGGAGGCAAAGGACGUGUUUUUGCGCUUUAUCACAGAAGCUUCGCAAUACCCGCGGCAUGGGACUAAGGCAUUAUCACUGCAACACAAGCAAUUAUUGUCCUGCUUUUCACGAAAGGAGGCUUUCUCACUUGGAGGAAUGCGUGUUAUCAACCCUGGCUUCAUUUAUGGCCCAGCCUCGCACAUGCGGCAGUUACUGACACUGAUCGUGGCAAUUUUCCAGCAGGGUCCAAAAGUGUGUGUGCGGUGGGAAAAGAGUGAUCAAGCAGUCAUCAACCAGCUAGUAAGAGCAGGGAUGCUGAAGAGCAUGCCACAGAUCAAGGUGCAAGACAUGGAGCGUGCAAGUGUCCUUCAUCGGUUCGGCCCAGAUGAUAAAUACAUCAUUGGUGACCAUAAGAAGCUGCUCAAUGAACACGGGGGCACAUUGUCAGUCCUACAUGGCUUCGACCGCUUUCCAGACACAAGAGUGCUGGCCAGUAGAGUGCUGUCUGGUAAACUUUGA